UAUUUUCAUUCUAACGCGUUUGUGUUUGUUUUUUUUUCUCUUUUAAAUUGAUUUUCUCGAGAAAAUAAUUCGUUGUGUUUGCUUGCAAAAUCUCACAUAAACACAGAUCUGAAUCUGAGAUUUGGAAAGAAAUUAAAAUCGGAGUUAGAGACUGAAUUUCUGUUUUGUAAGAACUCGUGGUCAAAGGUCUCAUAUAACUUUUUUGUGUGUUAAUAUUUAGAUCUUAGUCAAAGAAAGACAGACGAUUAAUUAAUAUUGUUCAGAUCUAUUGAAGAGUUAUUCUGAACGAUCGGUUGAAUAUGCAUAUAUGUUUGUGGUAGUAUGGUUGAAUAAUUUAAAAAGAAAAAGGAAAAUUUUGGCUGAGGGAUGGGCUUAGAGGAAGGUGAAAUUUCUGAUACAGCGUCAGUUGAAGAGAUCAGUGAAGAUGUUUUCAAUAAUAAUCAGGAAGUUGUUGUUUUAAAAGAAUCGAAGCCGAAAGGUGAGUCUGCUAGGGUUUGGACGAUGCGGGAUCUGUACAAUAAAUAUCCGACAAUUUGUCGAGGAUAUGCGUCGGCUGGUUUGUAUAAUCUUGCGUGGGCCCAGGCGGUUCAGAACAAACCUCUGAAUGAUAUAUUUGUUAUGGAUGUUGAACAAGAUGAGGUGUCGAAGAGAUCGUCACCGUCGUCGUCGGUGGCGUCUGUUAAUAGUAAAGAAGUAGUUAAGAAGGAAGUGGAUAAAGUUGUGAUUGAUGAUAGUGGUGAUGAGAAGGAGGAAGGUGAGUUGGAGGAAGGGGAGAUUGAUUUGGAUUUGGAAUCGGUUGAGAAAGUUAUUGAAGAGAAGGAUUUAGUUAAUGGUGAUGGUUUAGAUAAGAAAGUAGAGUCUAUUAUAGGAGAUUUGGAGAGUGUUGUUAAUGUGAUUGAUGCUGACAAAUCAUUUCAAGGAGUUUGUUCAAAACUUCAAAAUGCUUUGGAGAGCUUGCGGGAAGUGAUUUUUGACAAUAAUGUUCUUCCCAGAAGAGAUGCUCUCAUUCAACUAGCGUUUUCUGCUGUUCAAGCUAUUAAUUCUGUGUUCUGCUCAAUGAAUAAUGAUUUGAAAGAACAGAAUAAGGACAUUUUGUCAAGGUUACUUUCUCUUGUCAAGAGCCACUAUCCUCCUCUUUUUCUCCCUGAACAGAUGAAAGAGAUAGAGGCCGUGGUAUCCUCUCUGGACUCCCGAAAUAUUUUUCUGGGUGCUAUAGCAAGCAACAAAGAGAAAGAGAUGAUGGACAUAGAUGGACUGAACAAAACGGAUUGUAAUGCUCUAGCUGAAAGUGCUGGCCAUGAUUUGACUCUUAAACAUAAGUUGCUACCUGUUGAAUCUUCGAUAUAUAAUAAGCAUAACAUGUUACUGGAAGCUUCAAAACCAGGUUUACCUGGUGUUAAGAGUAGAGUUUUGCUCCCACUGCUUGACCUACAUAAGGACCAUGAUGCUGACAGCCUCCCAUCACCCACAAGGGAAACAACACCAUCUCUACCUGCUCGCACAGCAUUGACUGUUGGAGAUGGUAUGGUUAAGUCAGGGUUGACCACAGCCAAGGCAGCUCAUGACUCAGAAGAUAUUAAAAUGCGUUAUUAUGAAACUGAUGUCCUCAAAGCUGUUUCUUCCUAUCAACAGAAAUUCAGUAAUAGUUCAUUCUUUUCCAAUGAUAGACUUCCAAGCCCGACCCCGUCAGAGGAGUCUGGUGAGGGGGAUGGUGAUACUGGUGGGGAGAUAUCUAGUUCCUCCACCAUUGAUAAAUCUAAAGUUGUAAAUCCACCCGUUUCAGUGCAAGAAGCUGUUUCUUCUUCACAACGCAUGGACAAUUCCAGCAUUCAAGGAUUCUUUAAUGCUAGAAAUACUGCAUCUGUUAGCUCAGGAUCUAAUCCAAUUGUGAAAGCAUCUGUUCGGAGUAGAGACCCCAGGCUUCGGUUUGCAAACCCUGAUGCAUUGGAUCUCAACCAACGUCCUGUACCCAUGGUGCAUAAUGCACCUAAAGCAGAACCUGUUGGUGGAAUUAUGAGUUCAAGAAAGCAAAAGACAAUGGAAGAGGCUUCUUUUGGGGGUCCUGCAACUAAAAGGCAACGACACAGAACAGAAAAUUAUGGAGUUGGUAGGGAAGCAAAAACUGUGCAUGGAAGCAGUGGCUGGUUGGAGGACACCAAUAUGGUUGGGCCUAAGAUUCCAAACAGAAAUCAGUUUGUAGAAUCUGCAGUCUCUGAUCCCAAGAAAUUGGAGAAUGGAACUACUUGUCCUAGUGUUACUGUUGGUACACAGAAUGUGGUUGCUAGCAGAAAUGAGCCAGUGCCAGUGACUGUUCCUAGUACCACGGCCUCUUUGCCUGCUUUAUUGAAAGAUAUUGCAGUGAAUCCAACUGUGUUACUAAAUAUACUUAAGAUGGGACAACAACAGAGAUUAACAGUAGAAGCCCAGCAGAAGUCUAAUGAUCCUUUAAGAAGUAUGAUGCAUCCUCCAAGUCUGAGUCCGAUUGUGCGAUCGGUUCCUUUGGAGAAUGUUGCUCUGUCAACACCCUCAGUGGUUUUACCAAAACCAACAGGAACAGUUCAGGUUCCUUCUCCAGCAGCUUCUUUGGAUGAGGUGGGAAAAGUCCGCAUGAAACCUCGUGACCCUCGACGUGUUCUCCAUGGAAAUUCACUUCAAAGGAGUGGGAGCUUGGGACCUGAGCUGUUAAAAACUGACGGACCUUUGACUUCUAAUACCCAGGGAGGCAAGGAUAGUUUGAAUUCCCAAAAGCAACAGGGUCAAGCAGAAACAAAACAAGUGCAAUCUCAAUCAGUUCCACCCCCAGAUAUUACGCGGCAAUUCACCAAGACUUUGAAGAAUCUUGCUGAUAUUAUGUCUGUGUCCCAAGCAUCAACAAAUCAACCAAUGGUUUCACAGAAUCUUCCAUGUCAAUCAUCACAGAUUAAAUUGGAAAGAACAGAUGUGACAACUGUAGCUCCAAAUAAUGAUGAUAAGCAAAGUGGAGCUGGUGCGGCUACUGAUGGACCUGUAGGUCCUCCGCCACAGAGCUCUCCCACUGGUCUUCCUGUACAGAACACAUGGGGAGAUGUUGCACAUCUUUUUGAAGGAUAUGAUGAACUGCAAAAAGCCGCUAUUCAAAGAGAGAGGACAAGGAGGAUAGAAGAACAGAAGAAGAUGUUUGCUGCACGGAAGCUUUGUCUCGUCUUGGAUCUAGAUCAUACUCUUCUUAAUUCAGCUAAGUUCAACGAAGUAGAUCCUGUGCAUGAUGAGAUAUUGAGAAAGAAAGAGGAGGAGGAUCGUGAAAAACCACAGAGACAUCUGUUCCGCUUUCCUCAUAUGUCAAUGUGGACCAAAUUGAGGCCUGGGAUCUGGAAAUUUUUGGAGAGAGCUAGUAAACUAUAUGAGCUGCAUCUUUAUACAAUGGGGAACAAGCUAUAUGCUACGGAGAUGGCAAAGGUGCUUGACCCUAAAGGGGUUCUGUUUAAUGGACGAGUCAUCUCUAGAGGUGAUGAUGGAGAUCCUUUUGACAGUGAUAAUGGUGGGCCUCCUAAGAGUAAGGAUCUUGAAGGGGUGUUGGGUUUGGAAUCUGGUGUUGUGAUUGUAGAUGAUUCUGUUAGAGUCUGGCCACAUCACAAAAUGAAUUUGAUAGUUGUAGAAAGGUAUAUUUAUUUUCCUUGUAGUAGGCGCCAGUUUGGGCUUCCAGGUCCUUCUCUUCUUGAAAUUGAUGUAGAUGAGAGAGCUGAAGAUGGGACUUUGGCAUCUUCUUUGAUGGUUAUUGAGAGAAUACACCAGGACUUUUUCUCCCAUCAGUCUUUAGAUGAUGCAGAUGUUAGAAGUAUUCUAGUGAUGGAGCAGAAAAGGAUUUUGGCUGGUUGUCGUAUAGUAUUUAGCAGGGUGAUUCCAAUUGGUGAAGCCAAUCCUCAUCUACAUCCGCUGUGGCAGACAGCUGAACAAUUUGGUGCUGUAUGCACAAAUCAGAUUGAUGAACAGGUUACUCAUGUAGUUGCCAAUUCCCUUGGAACUGAUAAGGUGAAUUGGGCACUAUCCACCGGAAGAUUUGUUGUCUAUCCUAGCUGGGUGGAAGCAUCAGCCUUGCUUUAUCGGAGGGCAAAUGAGCAUGAUUUUGCUGUUAAAACAUAAACAAGCCAUUACCCUAACCUCUUCUGGUAAAAUUAUAACACAUGAUAAAGAUUGAAUCGAGUAGACACUUAAGUUGAAAAGGGAACUUUCAGGUCAUACUUGGUAGCUCCGGGUGAGACUGGAGAGAUCCUGUCAGGACUUGUUUUUGAGUCCCAUAAACCACCCAUUGCCUUUUCCCUUCAAUGGCCAAUAUGCUGAAGAGGAUUUUGAAAUUAACUGUUACAGUUAAAGCAUAUAAAGAAGAUUACAAGAAGUUUAAAAAUGGAUAUCUUUUGAGGGAAAACGAAUUGGGUUGAGUUGAGGGCUCUUCAUCAUAUGGUGAAUUGUGGUGGCUGAACCAAGUUUUUACAUGUUGCGGCUAGCCACAGUUUGAAAAUUUCCAAGUGAAUUUAAUUGACAUGGAGGAGGGGGAUCAUUAAAUGUGACAUUCAGGACGUAAAAGAAAUACUAAAACAAUAUCCGAAUGUCUCAGACCAAGGCGUUGUCAUCGGGAUAGAGUAAUGAAGGCAUUUGAGUGUGAUAAUUUUAUUCGGAACAUUAACCUGAAAGAGUGAAGAAAAGGUUGAUAAGACUGAUUGUUAUAACUUUUGAGUGUCUAGCUAGAGUGUGUUUUCGUUCUGGGUUGGACGAUUUGAGGCUGGAGUUUUCGGAGUGUCAUAUUCCCCCAUUACUGAGGGCAGCUAAACUAACUUCGGCGUCCACUGGUUUAGUGAUUCAAUUUAUCUAACCUCACUUGCAUUUUGAAUCUCCUCUUUCCUUUUUAAUAAUUCCAAGUCUGUUUAAAUUUUUCCAGAA